AUGUUGAAAGUUGUUGCCUCAUUAUUACUCGCAUCGUUAUCUUCAGUAGUCCUAGCUAAAGACGCAGUAGAGUUGCUUCAAUUUGAAAACUUUGGCUAUUCAGGAGGCUAUUCGCCCGUCGUGGCGCUCAAUGACAUCUACAGCGACGACUGUUCGUGUCAACUUGCUUCGCAAAGAACAACAUUCUCCGGCGCAAACACCCCCUUGAAUGAAGAAGUGAGCGUUCAUUUUAGAGGGCCCUUGGUGUUGAACAAAUUUGCAUCCUAUGUUUCGCUGGGCUAUGUUUACGGAGACGAUAACUCGGGCAACUGGACUAGACUAAGCUACUAUGACGCUGACAGUGGCGCUAGUGAAAACGUUACGUUUUUAACUCGUGCCGGUCGUAAUUCUUCGUGUUUAGGAUUAGGGUUGACUUUUGCUGAUGAAGAUGGUGUGAGUCAAGCCGAUUCCUCGACUGUCUUGGCGAAGGACACCUUGAUCAACUCGAAUCAGGAAUAUGUCAUCUUCACCAAUAUCUCAUGCGGUUCAUCGAGCACUACUGGCGACUGUGGAGUUUACAGGCCGGAUAUCCCCGCCUACCACGGCUUUUACGGUACGGAAAAGAUGUUUCUUUUCGAGUUCCAAAUGCCCAAUGAAACGCACUCGCCUUGGGAUGUGGCUAAUUACAACAUGCCCGCUAUUUGGUUGCUCAAUGCGCAGAUCCCUCGAACUGCCCAAUAUUCAAACAAUGUCAAUUGCUCAUGUUGGAGGUCCGGGUGCGGUGAAUUUGACAUUUUCGAGAUUAUGAACCAAACCGAAUACACUCAUUUAUACAGCACGAUUCAUGAUUAUCAAGGCACUGGCGAGAUCGAGUCUGGACUAGCCAUCAGCUCAUACAUCGAACGAGACUUAACCGGCACCAUGGUUGGUGGUGUUUCAUUCGACUCUAAUGGUGAUGCCACGGUUUGGGUUUCCAAUUCAACGUCAUUCGAUGAACAAGUUGCUGCGAAAGAUGUCAAUUCUUGGGCUAAAGGCGUGAAAGAAGCAGCUACCACGACCUUGGCUUCUGCUUCCUUGGCCAGCUCAACCGCCAGCUCCAAGUCUAGUCCAAAGAAGGGCGAUGGCUAUGCGUACACGCCAUCAUUUUUGGUCAAUAUGAUUGCUGCUGUAUUGACGAUAUGGGUUAUUUAA